GCGGCACCUGCCGAGGCGCAUCAGAGUCCACUUCGGACGAAGAAGCGCUGGGGCUGCAGGCGGUACAGGCGAACAGCAUACCGCAACAAGCCACGCCGGAGGUCCUCUCUGGGAAGAGGAAAGAAAAAAGAAAACACACUUCUAAGAAGAGUAAGAAGAGCAGGCGUUCGGAAUCGGAUGAUGAUUCAGGUACCUCUUCUUCUUCCGACUCUGAUAGUGAUGAUUCUAGGGAGGAGUAUUGGGGUCACGGCGAGGACUGCGUGGGCCUUCCUUCUUGGGCCCAUGAAAGGAGGGCCAAUUCCUACCGUAAGUCCUUUAAUGGGACUCUCGAGUGGAAGGACGGCGCCCUAGUGCCGGAUGUUAAAACCUCCACGCACCUGUCCACAGAUUUCAUUGUAGGUAACCAUUUAUCCCAGAAAAAGAGGGACAAGAUCCUCAAUGGUGAUUUUAUUGAUAUGUUCCGAUUGUUGCCUCCAGCUAAGUUGACAGGUAAAGGAGAAAAGAGGCGCAGCCAUGGAAAACGCAGGUACAGAGCACCCAGAGUUGAGCGCACUUUCGACCAUUGGCUUGAUGGGUUCCAGGUGUUUAUGGGUGUGGUCAGUGCGGCUUAUCCUAAACGGGCGAUGCAUUUAGUCGCCUACUUGGCCCAUGUGAGGAGGGCUAGGGAUCUAGCGGGGGAUACAGCCGCUCUAAAUUACGAUGAGGAUUUUCGCAGAAAUGCGUCGCUGUUAUCUUCCACUCGUUGGGAUCUGAGGGACCAGAACUAUUGGUCUGAGCACGUAGGCCCCUACGUAGACAAGAAGCCCCAGGACUCGUCAAAAGCCUGGAAGACCGCUCCAAGACAGAGGCGACUGUGCUGGGAGUUCAAUAAAGGGGUCUGUGUGCGGCCGGUCU